AUGGCCAACAGCAAUUCACCUGAUUACAGAGCCCUCUUUCUGCAAGCAGAAGAAGAAUGGAAACGUGCGGAAGAGCAGCGCAGACAUGCAGAGGAGGAACACAGACGUGCAGAGGAAGGGCGCAGACAUGCAGAGGAGGAACACAGACGUGCAGAGGAAGGGCGCAAACAUGCAGAGGAAGGGCGCAGACAUGCAGAGGAGGAACACAGACGUGCAGAGGAGGGGCGCAGACAUGCAGAGGAGGGGCGCAGACGUGCAGAGGAGGGGCGCAGACAUGCAGAGGAGGAACACAGACGUGCAGAGGAGGGGCGCAGACAUGCAGAGGGGCGAAGUCUUCAAACUUCCCUUCCCGAGUUUAUUCGUGCCUGCCAUACUCUACUUUCUAUACCGUUGAGGGUUGCAGAACCAUCCCACUCUACAAAGGGAGCAAUACAGCCACCGAAGGGAAAAUAUUGCCCGACAAAGCUCCUCCCUUGGGUCGACUUGCCAGCCAAGCAGCAAGACAUCUACACCUCUGUCUGCAACUAUCUAGGGCCAGCUGGAGGAGCUGAACAGCGCCCAUUUCCGCCUAUUAUUGCGCUGGAGGAAGUUUCCCGACGCGUAAGCCGUCGCCCACUCAGUAGUGAGCGGGACCUUGAGACCUAUGAGCGUCUAGCCGUGGAAGAUCACAUUGUGGAUAUAAUCGAUGAGCUAUGUAAAAUACCUGAGGCUCGAAAUGAGUUUUGUCUUGGUGAUGGAAUUCGGUUUGAGAAUCAUGCCAACGCGAUGGACAACUUUGAUACGGAUCAAUCUGACUCGCCGCGUACCAGACCCGACCAGUUCUGCAUCCAUCGGCUCGACAACAACAUGAAUACUCUCCUCACAACAGUGGAAUAUAAACCACCUCACAAGCUCUCUGUAGAAAAUCUUCGAGUUGGCCUGCGGCCCAUGAAUUUCUGGGAAACUGUAGUCAAGCCACGGACCAUACCUGUCGACAAAGAAGAGAAAUUGAAGUAUAAUGCGCAACAAAUAUCAGGAUCUGCGGUAGUCCAGCAUUAUCAUACCAUGAUAGAAGAUGGUAUUCCGUAUGCGUACGUGACCAACGGACUGGCGUUUAUCCUGCUUCAUGUCCCAUACGACGACCCUAGUACGCUUUACUAUUACCUGUGCGAGCCAAAUUUGGAUCUGGGUAUAGAUGAUAACAGGGGCUUUGACCAACCGAAUACCGCAAUUGCCAGAGCGCUGUGUCUUUGCCUGAUGAGUUUUGAUUUCCCCCCCCGUGACCAGGAGUGGCGGAAUGCUGCGCGGGCGCAGCUUCACAUAUGGAAGACCAGCUUUGACUACACCCUAUCUGAAAUACCAGAAGAGGAAUUACGGCAGGCACCUCCAGAUUCGGAGUACAGCGGCUCUGAGUAUACCGGGUCCGAGUAUCUACCGUCGUCCCCUACGCAAACACCUGUGCGUCGUGGCAUUCCCACUAGGUCCCAACCUGGAUGUUCGCCGCCCGAUCUGAGUCAUAGCACGGAACGAACAGACUCUUCUGAUUCCGAUUCAAAUCAAAAUGCCCCAGCGCGGAAGCGAGGUUUUAGCCAGAUUACGUCGUCUCCGCCGACUCAAAGGACCGGUCGGUCCGACUCGCGCAAUGCUCAAGGGCCCCAAUUCCGACAGGCAGCCGCGCAAUUCUGCACUCAACGGUGUUUGCGUGGUCUCCGCUCCGGUGACCUUUUAGACCACAAUUGUCCUAACGUGGCACGGCACCAGCACGGAGAAAAUGUUGAAAGGCAUUGUAUUAAUGAUGCGUCCCUUCUGCGCUUGCUCAACCAGCAGCUAGAUGAUAAUCUUGACCGUAACUGUUCGCCACUGGGUAUCCAGGGAACAUACGGGGCGAUAUUUAAGCUGACCUGUGCGGAGCACGGCUAUACUGUAGCUGGAAAGGGAACAACUUCCGCCUUCUGGGCGGAGGUUUCACGGGAAGCUGAAAUAUAUCGGAUCCUACAGACGGUUCAGGGAGUCGCUGUCCCUGUCUUCCUUGGCUCUAUUGACUUGGCGAAGACUUACUUCCUACAUGGCUUCGGCCCCAUCCGCCAUAUGCUGCUGAUGGCUUGGGGAGGUGAGAGCAUCGCAAAUCUUGAGCGGUGGCCGUUGCUGCAACAGGAAAUCUCAAGGUCGACGAAGGGAAUUCGUGCGUUAGGGGUCAUCCAUGGGGAUCUUCGACCGGACAAUAUCCUAUGGAGUAAUGAGCUCAAGCGUGCCAUUGUUAUUGACUUCCAUCGCUGUAGGUUAGAUCGUCAGUUGAUGGAAAAGUUGGAGAAGAAAAGGACCGCAUGCGGCAUAGGGACAAGAGCGCCUAAACAGCCCCGGAAAUCUUAUAUACGUAAUCAAAGGGGCAUUCAGGAACAGAUUGAGCAAUAG